AGAAAAGACUCCGAGGGAUCACUGAUUCCAACCAUAUUUAUUUCACAGAUGGGGAGACUGAAGCAAGGAAAGGCCAAGUGGACAGCAGGGGUAUAACCAUGGCACCUGAGGAGGCAUCUGGAGGUUGGGGCCCCUGCUCUCCCUUCUCCCCAUACACCUAGUCCACCAGCAAGUUCUGGGGAUACCACCUUUUAAAUACCUCUUGAGUCUGUCCACCUCUUUCUGUCUCUUCUGCAACCACCCUAGCCUAGGCCCUCGUCAUAUCUCUGCUGGAUAAUCACAACAACCUCCUAACUGAUGUUCCUGCAGCUUCCCCUGCCCCUCUUCCGUCCUCUACCCUGUAAGCCAGUGGUUUCUCUUUGCUCUUACAAUAAAGAGCGAAUCUUCUCCUUGGCCUCCAAGGUCCUUCGCUGCCUGGCCCCUGCUGCCGCUUCAGGUGCAUAUUUGUUACUUUCUAUUUUGCUUUCCGCCUUGUCACAAGGCCUUUUUGUUUAACAGGUUCAGCAACUUCCCUAAGGUGCCUCAGAGAGUCAAAUGCCAGCCUCUCAAUUUCCAGCACAUGCUGGGCUCAUGAACUCCUGUUCUGAGGAGCUAACGCUGUUUCCUCCCUCUAGGUGCCUGACUGACAGAAGUUCUUGCCCCCGGGGAGCUGGUGUGGACAGAGGAGGGGCGUGCUGGUCACCAUGACAACAGAGACAGGCCCCGACUCUGAGGUGAAGAAAGCUCAGGAGGAGGCCCCGCAGCAGCCCGAGGCUGCCGCCGCUGUGACCACCCCUGUGACCCCUGCAGGCCACGGCCACCCAGAGGCCAACUCCAAUGAGAAGCAUCCAUCCCAGCAGGACACGCGGCCUGCUGAACAGAGCCUAGACAUGGAGGAGAAGGACUACAGUGAGGCCGAUGGCCUUUCGGAGAGGACCACGCCUAGCAAGGCCCAGAAAUCGCCCCAGAAGAUUGCCAAGAAAUACAAGAGUGCCAUCUGCCGGGUCACUCUGCUUGAUGCCUCGGAGUAUGAGUGUGAGGUGGAGAAACAUGGCCGGGGCCAGGUGCUGUUUGACCUGGUCUGUGAACACCUCAACCUCCUAGAGAAGGACUACUUCGGCCUGACCUUCUGUGAUGCCGACAGCCAGAAGAACUGGCUGGACCCCUCCAAGGAGAUCAAGAAGCAGAUCCGGAGUAGCCCCUGGAAUUUUGCCUUCACAGUCAAGUUCUACCCGCCUGAUCCUGCCCAGCUGACAGAAGACAUCACAAGAUACUACCUGUGCCUGCAGCUGCGGGCAGACAUCAUCACGGGCCGGCUGCCAUGCUCCUUUGUCACGCAUGCCCUACUGGGCUCCUACGCUGUGCAGGCUGAGCUGGGUGACUAUGAUGCUGAGGAGCAUGUGGGCAACUAUGUCAGCGAGCUCCGCUUCGCCCCUAACCAGACCCGGGAGCUGGAGGAGAGGAUCAUGGAGCUGCAUAAGACAUAUAGGGGGAUGACCCCGGGAGAAGCAGAAAUCCACUUCUUAGAGAAUGCCAAGAAGCUUUCCAUGUACGGAGUAGACCUGCACCAUGCCAAGGACUCUGAGGGCAUCGACAUCAUGUUAGGCGUUUGUGCCAAUGGCCUGCUCAUCUACCGGGACCGGCUGAGAAUCAACCGCUUUGCCUGGCCCAAGAUCCUCAAGAUCUCCUACAAGAGGAGUAACUUCUAUAUCAAGAUCCGGCCUGGGGAGUAUGAGCAAUUUGAGAGCACAAUUGGCUUUAAGCUCCCAAACCACCGGUCAGCCAAGAGACUGUGGAAGGUCUGCAUCGAGCAUCAUACAUUCUUCCGGCUGGUGUCCCCUGAGCCCCCACCCAAGGGCUUCCUGGUGAUGGGCUCCAAGUUCCGGUACAGUGGGAGGACCCAGGCACAGACUCGCCAGGCCAGCGCCCUCAUUGACCGGCCUGCACCCUUCUUUGAGCGUUCUUCCAGCAAACGGUACACCAUGUCCCGCAGCCUUGAUGGAGCAGAGUUCUCCCGCCCAGCCUCGGUCAGCGAGAACCACGAUGCAGGGCCUGACGGUGACAAGCGGGAUGAGGAUGGCGAGUCUGGGGGGCAACGGUCAGAGGCUGAGGAGGGAGAGGUCAGGACUCCAACCAAGAUCAAGGAGCUAAAGCCGGAGCAGGAAACCACGCCGAGACACAAGCAGGAGUUCUUAGACAAGCCAGAAGACGUCUUGCUGAAGCACCAGGCCAGCAUCAAUGAGCUCAAAAGGACCCUGAAGGAGCCCAACAGCAAACUCAUCCACCGGGAUCGAGACUGGGAACGGGAGCGCAGGCUGCCCUCCUCCCCCGCCUCCCCCUCCCCCAAGGGCACCCCUGAGAAAGCCAAUGAGUCCCAGAGGACCCAGGACAUCUCUCAGCGGGACUUGGUACCUGAGCCUGGAGCAGCCGCAGGCUUGGAAGUGUUCACUCAGAAAAGCCUCGCAGCAUCUCCUGAGGGUUCAGAGCAUUGGGUAUUUAUAGAAAGAGAGUACACUAGGCCGGAAGAGCUCGGUCUCCUAAAAGUGACCACCAUGCAGCAGGAAGAAAGGCAGGCAGGCCUUGCUGGUAUCCUUGCCAACGGCAGACUCUCCAAGGUAGACGUUCUGGUGGACAAGUUCAAAGUGGAAGUGGCCACAGAAGAAAUGGUGGGAAACAGAAGAGCAAACACCCAGCAACAAGGAAAAAUGAUUGCAAGUCCUGAAGACUUUGAGUCAGUGGGGGAGGAAGGCCCCUGGAUCAGGGAAAGCCCAGGAGGGGCUGGCCUGGCUUCCGGCCGCACAUUGGCAGAAAAGCUCCUCGAGGGCUCUGAGCUCAGGGCAGACACCAGAGGGGCAACCAUCAGGAACCGCUGCAUGUCAGAUGGUCAGCCGGAGGGCCAGACAGAGCUGAGGAAGGGGCUGGAGGAGCCCCACACUUGUGGGAGACCCACUGCUCCAGGGACCAGGCCAGCAGAGGUGGACGCCCUCUCUCCAGCCUCCGACAAGGGAGGACUCCAGUCGUUUCUAUUGGAUCCAGCCCACGCAGAAGCCAGAGCUGAGUUGAGCGAUGAAACUGAUACCUCCUUUGCAGAGAGGAGCUUCUAUUUAAAUUAUGAAGAAAAAGACUCAGAAGACCAAGUCCUCCCUCCACCCCUGGAGGAGAGAAAAGGGCGCCUGGAUGCCCCUCCCGGAGGUGAGCCCAGGCCGACGCUGAAUUCCUUAGACCUGAGGGUUUCUGCUGCUGCUUCCAGCAGGAGCAAGGACGAAGCCCACAUGACUUCCCCAAAGGAAGGGGCAGGGACCCCCAAGAUCCAUGGAGGACCUGGUGACCUGAAGGGAUCUCCUGCAGGACAGACAUUUGCUGAAGGCUGGGAAGAUGCCCAGUGGGGAGUGGAAGGAGAGUUUCCCCACCUGACAGCCAGCGCAGCCCGAGAGGAAGGGACCCCCGUGAGUGGAGAUUUGCUGGGAAAGGCUGAGGAAAGUCCCACAGAGGAACUGAAGAAGCACCCUCCUCACAGAGGACGGGGCGUGCAUCCCGACCCCCAGGCCUGCGCCCUUCCUCGGGCCAUCCCUCUGAAUGUCAGGAAGCCAGUCAAACCAGACAGAGGCAACUUCCCACCCAAAGAGAGGGGAGUGGUUCCCACCCAGAAAGGAGGGGCUGAGCUGAAGGACCGCGAGGCUUCAGCAUUUCUUCACAUGGAGGUGAUCAUUCCCCUGCCAGCCUCCCCUGGUCAUUCUGAGGACCUGGCAGCUCUGGAGGAAGCUUCUCCAAGCCCAACCUCCCAUGGGUCAGGGGAGCCUUCGGAGCUCAGGGAGCCCUUUCUUAGACAUGUCCAUCUUUCGAAAGCCAGCCCAGAGCCCAAGGACCAAGUAGGGUUUGUGGUGUCCCCUGCCACAGGAGGUGAGCGCAGGCCUCCUCCCAUCACCAGCAGAAAGCCCAGAGUAGUCCCUGAAGAAGCUGAGGGGCGCAUACCUCUGGGGUUUGGGUUCCCUUCAGGGAAGCGAAGGGAGAUGACCUCUUUCCAGGCCGGGGACCAAGAGGGCUCCCUAGAAGAUAUUAGCAAGACCUCAGUGGCCAAUAAAAUUCGGAUAUUUGAGACCCACGGAGCUGAAACUCGCCGAAUGAGUGAGGGUGAAGCAAGGUCCCUUCCAAAUGACAUAUCUUCAGAGGCACCCGUGGGACAAGCAGAGCAGCAGCGGAGUACGCUCUCAGACCUGGGCUUCGCCCAACUCCAGCCCCCAGGGGACUUUGCCAGCCCCAAAGCCACACAUUCCACAGUGAUACCUCUGGCUACCAGACACUUCAGGGAGGACACUUCUGCAUCCUACCAGGAAGCACACACGGAACUAGAGCCCGUGUCCCCUGAUUCGGGCUGUGAAACCACGCUGGCAGAAGCUACUGGAACUGGGAACAAAUCCGGAGAUGCGGUCAGGGAAGAGAAGCGCUCCACCAACUUAGCAGCCAACACCCCUGGGAAGGGGGGGUGCCUGAGAUUCGCCAGCCCCUCGGGCCCUCAGAGAGCAGGGCUGAGGGAGGGCUCCGAGGAGAAAGUCAAACCACCACGUCCCCGGGCCCCAGAGAGUGACACGGGCGAUGAGGACCAGGACCAGGAGAGGGACACGGUGUUCCUGAAGGACAACCACCUGGCCAUUGAGCGCAAGUGCUCCAGCAUCACGGUCAGCUCUACGUCUAGCCUGGAGGCUGAGGUGGACUUCACGGUCAUUGGUGACUACCACGGCAGCGCCUUCGAAGACUUCUCCCGCAGCCUGCCUGAGCUCGACCGGGACAAAAGCGACUCGGACACUGAGGGCCUGGUGUUCUCCCGGGAUCUCAACAAGGGGGCCCCCAGCCAGGAUGAUGAGUCUGGGGGCAUUGAGGACAGCCCGGAUCGAGGGGCCUGCUCCACCCCGGAUAUGCCCCAGUUUGAGCCUGUGAAAACAGAAACCAUGACUGUCAGCAGUCUGGCCAUUAGAAAGAAGAUUGAGCCGGAGGCCGUACUGCAGACCAGAGUCUCCGCUAUGGAUAACACCCAGCAGGUUGAUGGGAGUGCCUCAGUGGGGAGGGAGUUCAUAGCAACCACUCCCUCCAUCACCACGGAGACCAUAUCGACCACCAUGGAGAACAGUCUCAAGUCCGGGAAGGGGGCAGCUGCCAUGAUCCCAGGCCCACAGACGGUGGCCACGGAAAUCCGUUCUCUUUCUCCGAUCAUCGGGAAAGAUGUCCUCACCAGCACCUACGGCGCCACUGCGGAAACCCUCUCAACCUCCACCACCACCCAUGUCACCAAAACUGUGAAAGGAGGGUUUUCUGAGACAAGGAUCGAGAAGCGAAUCAUCAUUACUGGGGAUGAAGAUGUCGAUCAAGACCAGGCCCUGGCUUUGGCCAUCAAGGAGGCCAAACUGCAGCAUCCUGAUAUGCUGGUAACCAAAGCUGUCGUAUACAGAGAAACAGACCCAUCCCCAGAGGAGAGGGACAAGAAGCCACAGGAAUCCUGACCUCUGUGAAGAGAUCCUGGCAUUUCUGGUCCAACCCAAGCCAGAGAACCAUUAAGAAGGGGCCUUCAUUCUGGAUUCUCCGACGCAACACUGACGUCCCAGCUGCGAUGUACUGUCACUGAUGAGAGACUGGGAAGGAAAAAGCAUAUAUAUAUAGAUAUAUAGAGAUAUAGAUAUAUAUACAGGAAACACCGCGUCCUUGCACUGCUGCUGGGGCUGGCAGAGCAGUUGGCCGACAGCAACAACUGACAUCUGAACACCUACAUUUCCUUUGCAGACAAAUUGAAGAACUGGUGGGAUUUUUUUCAAGAAAAAAAAUUAUAUAAUAACUAUAAUCCCUUGCUCACCCCUUUCCCCCGCCAAAUAAGAAACGCAAGCCAGACCACGAUGAUUGUAGAAGUCCCUCCCGCCCUGGUUCUGCACGUUACAGUUAGCAGACGAGCAAUUCCAUUUGUUCUUCUCCAGCAUCUCUAAGGCCCACUUGAAUGCAAAGGAAAACACUUGCGCAGCAAAGCAAGAGAAGUCACAGCAGCAAGACACGCACAGUCAACCAUUUUCCGAGAAAAAAAGAAAAUUCCCCACUUGGAAAGAAAGAGGAGGAACACUGGAUUCUUACUUUCUGGAUCUUGACACUGGGCUGCAAAACCCACCUUCCUCUCUCCCGCCUCCCCUCACCCUCAACUCUCAAUGUCUUGCUGUCAUUUUCUGUCUCGGCUCCCUCCUCCCCCUUCCCCCUUCCCCCACCCCAGACCCCUCACCCUCUGUGUCCUGGUCUUUCUGAGGGCCACUGCAGAUGACUCUCCUUUGAAAUGAGAAAAAGAAAAGAAAGCAAGAACAGAAAACGAAGCCACAGGAAGGGAAGUAGACAUUGUAUGCUUAUGGUUUCUCAUUAUGAAGGUGCAGCUUGUAGGAGGUUUGUACGGAUGUGCUUUGAAGUUAUGUAUAUUACAUAUAACAGGAAAAAAUAUUAAAAUAAACAGUGCUGGUAAGUAUGAAGCUGA